AUGGGCAUACGAACGCCCAAAUUCGGUAGCUGUCAGAAGCGAGAAUCGCGCUUCGCAAAUUUCGAGUACCGGGUUCUCUACCUCCUGGAUCCUGCACUCCGGGUCCGUUUGCUGGUGCAACUCGAGUUCCGGGACCAGCGCUCCGUAGUUUCCGCGCUCCAGGUCCGUUACCUGGUGCAACUUGACUUCCAGGACAAGCGCUCCGUAGUUUCCGCGCUCAAGGUCUACUACCUGGUGGAACUCGACUUCCAGGCCAAGCGCUCCGUAGUUUCUGCGCUCCAGGUCCACGACCUAGUGAAACUCGACUUCCAAAACAAGCGCUCCGUGGUUCUGGCUGUCCAGGUCCUCCACCUGGCGGAUUUUGACUUCCAGAACAAGAGCUCCGUAGUUCUGGCUGUGCAGUAUUCGAGGUACAACCCGAGGUGGUUCGUGGUCGUCGUUGGCGGUGGUUGGAGGUGGUCGGAGGUGGUUGGCGGUGAUCGAGGUUGA